UUUAUCGUUGUUUGUUUAAUUUUGUUUAAAUUAUGGGUUUUAUUACUGCUGGAGUAUGUUUUUAAAAGGAGUCGAGAAUGAAAAGAAAACAAGGAAGUAAGGAAGAAGGAAAGAAAACCCAGAAACUGCAGCAAAUGUCAAAUUUCUUUUUCCAACUGAGAGUAACCCAGAGAGGAUGACUCAUGUAGUACAAAGAUCAGGAUCUGAGGAGGUAACAAAGCAGAGAAGAAAAUUAGAGAUAAAAUACUGGCAUCAAAAGCAACUGAGAAGAGCAAGUGGCAUAAGGAAGUCUUCUGAGGUGACUGGAAGGGGCUACAAAAUAGGAGAUAAAUUAUAGCCUUUUCUGAUUUGAGAAAGGACAUCCUCCUGCUUGUUUUCUUUUCUCCAUGGCUGCCCCAACAGGCAUAGAAUAUUUUGCCGAGGACCUGAGCUGUUCUAUUUGCCUGGAGCUCUUUUCAGAUCCUGUCAUGCUGGAAUGUGGGCACAACUACUGCCAGGGCUGUAUCACCCGGUUCUGGGCUGAGAUCCCUACCAACCCUGGGGAGGACAUGCCACCACUCCCUACUUGCCCAGAGUGUCGGCAUGAGAUUCCAGGUGGCAAAUUUACAGCUAAUCGGGUGCUGGGACAGCUCGCUUGGAAAGCCCAGGAGUCUCUCGUGGUCCAUGCUGGGGAUGAGGAGGCCAAAGGUGAUGAAGAUAAUGAGGAGAUACAGGGGGACAAGCUUUUUUGUACUGAAGAUGGGUGCCUGGCGAGAUCUUUGCAACCAGAUCACUGGGGUCACCAAUGUCUCCCUCUGGCUGAAGCUGUGGAGCACUUCAAGGAGAUCUUAACAGCUUCUCAAACACUGCUGGAAUCCAAAAUUCAAGCAGAAAGAUACGUGCAAGAGCACAGGGCCCAGAAACCUCCCGAAAUCACAGCCCAGCGGCUGCGACUGGAGCAAAACCUCUCUGCCCAGUUCACGGAGCUUCACCAGUGGCUUCAGGAGAAAGAGGCAGCGCUGAUCAGAGAGAUCCGGAGGGAGGAAGAGCUACUUCUGAGCGAACUGGACAGGAACCAGCGGAAUAGCCAAGAGCAAAUCCACAUGGCCGAUGAGCAAAUAGCUAAGAUUCAGGCUCGGCUUGCAGAGGAAUCAGAUCCUGAAAGUUUCCUUCAGGAUAUCAAAGCCUUCAUAGGAAAAGACUGUCCCAGGGAAGACAAAGGAAGUCCGCUGCCUGUGAUUUCUCGUGAUUUCAGUUUAGUCCCCUCCCAUAUAACCUUGGAUCCUGCCACCAACCAUCCCAACCUUGUGCUCUCCAAGGAUCUUGACACUGUGCAUGUGGAAGAUAACCCUGAAGAAGAGGUCCCUGAUGGUCCUGAAAGAUUUAGCAAGUCUGUAUGUGUGUUGGGUGCUCAGGGCUUUACUUCAGGACGCCAUUAUUGGGAGGUAGAAGUUGGGAAUAAAACUAGCUGGGAUAUUGGGGUGGCCAAGGAGUCGGUGAACAGGAAGGAGGCUAAGGUGACUGUCAAGCCCAGCAAUGGUUUUUGGGCCAUUUGGCUACGGAAUGGCAAUGAAUACAAGGCCCUUGACUCUCCCUCCAGGCAGUUGUUUCUCAAGACCAAGCCUCAGAAAGUGGGGGUCUAUUUGGAUUAUGAAGGGGGACAGGUCUCUUUUUAUGAUGCUGACACCAUGACCCAUAUUUUCACCUUUCUGGAUGUCUUCUCCGAGUGCCUGUACCCCAUGUUUAGCCCUGGGGUCAACAAAGAUGGCCUCAAUGGUGAACCUCUCCGUCUCCUGUCCCCACGGAUCUAGCAAGAACUGCGUAAGAGUUAUUGGGCUCUGCCUUGACUUUAUUUCAGUUGUGAAUAGUCUGAAAAUGCCUAUCAUGUCAUGUUGUUGAAGCUUGGUGGAACUGAGUGUAUUCAUGAAGCCACAUGACAGUUGGCUUGAACUUUCCAAAGGACAUCUGGAGAAGAACAUUCAAGAAGAGAUGAGGUUUCCACAAAGUCAAGCUUAAUCAAUCCGCAGGUUGUGAGGGUCUCUGUGGCAAGCUUUGAGAUUAGGACUACCUACAAUGGAUGCUCUUCUGCAGACUAGAUUUCCUAAUUCUUGACUAUACUAACAGGCGGGUUUCAGCCUGCAUUUUGUUUGAAAACCCUGUGCUCUUACUCACUUAUGACAGUGAACUAUGCCUCCACAUUCUGAUUUUAUGGAACCAGCAUUCCUUGCAGAUGUUUUCCCCCCACUGAGUAUUUAGUGCCUUAAAAUUUGUGUUUAGGAGAUUGUAUGUCUUCAUUUGGAAGACAUUUUGAGAAGGAGAAGCUUCUCAUAGGCAGCAGGUACUUCUGUGGCUCAUUCUCCUUGAAAGGAAAUGCUAGAAGUAGAUUUUUCCACCUCUGUAAGUCAAACAAUAAGAAAACAAUAACAACAUUCUGACUGCCAAAAGACAAUGGACUUUGUGUUUUGAAAAGCAUCUAAGGGAGCAAGAGGCGGGAGUGGGGGGCAUGUCAUAGCCGAUUGCUUCUGGGAGAGGAAGGACACCUGUUUACUGAUGAAGCCUCAUGGGGAAUGAAGCAAUGUAGGAAGACACCGGUUGAGUCAGCCUGGGAUUUUCUUCUCCGACAAUAGAUUGGAUCAUGUUUUCAAAGGUAAGAGCAACUUUCUGUGAUCCUGAACAGAGAGAUGUUGUCUUAAUUUUUUU